AUGCGCCGCGCCAGCCGAGACUACACUAAGUACUUGCGAGGCUCGGAGGAGAUGGGCAGCGGCGGCUCUAGCGCCCCCCACGAGGGUCCCCUGCACCCCGCGCCACCCCCAGCCCCUCAUCCGCCCCCGCCUGCCUCUCGCUCCAUCCUGGUGGCCUUCAUGGUCCUGGGGCUGGGUCAGGUCGUCUGCAGCGUCGCGUUGUUUCUCUACUUCAAAACCCAGAUGGACCCUAACAGGAUUUCAGAUGAUGACACCUGUUGCUUUAUAAAACUUUUCAAACUUCACGAAAAUUCAGAUUUGCAAGACACAUCUCUGGAGGGUCAGGAUGCAAAACUAAUGUCUGAUCCCUGUCGAAGAAUCAAGCAGGCUUUUCAAGUGGUAUUGCAGAAAGAACUAAAGCAUAUGGCUAGGACAGAGAAUACAAGAGCAGAGAAAGCUAUGAUGGACUAUCCUUUGUUGGAUUUCUCCAGGAAAACCCAGCCUUUUGCUCAUCUCACUAUUAAUGGCACCAAUAUCCCCUCAGGCUCCAGAAAAGUGAAUCUUUCUUCAUGGUACUAUGAUAGAGGUUGGGCAAAUAUAUCAAAUAUGACUUUCAGCAAUGGAAAACUAAGGGUCAACCAGGAUGGCUUCUACUACCUCUAUGCCAACAUUUGCUUCAGACAUCAUGAAACUUCUGGUGGUCUAGCCACAGAAUCUCUUCAGCUGAUGGUGUAUGUCACUAAAACCAAUGUGAAAAUCCGAAAUUCUGAUACUUUAAUGAAAGGAGGAAGCACUAAAUACUGGUCAAAAAACUCAGAGUUCCAUUUUUACUCCAUAAAUGUGGGAGGAUUUUUUAAACUAAGGUCUGGUGAAGAAAUAAGUAUCCAGGUAUCCAACCCAUCAUUACUAGAUCCUGCUCAAGAUGCAACUUACUUUGGGGCUUUCAAAGUUCGAGAUAUCGAUUGA